AUGGCUGCUCUAUACCAGAGUGCAGACCCAUCGGCCUCGGCUUCCCCGAACAAGCUGCUGGCGUUGAAGGACGUCCGGCAGGUGAAGGAGGAGACCACCCUGGACGAAAAGCUCUUCCUGCUGGCCUGCGACAAAGGUGAUUAUUACAUGGUGAAGAAGCUUUUAGAAGAGAAUAGUACUGGUGAGCUGAACAUAAAUUGUGUGGAUGUACUUGGGAGAAAUGCUAUUACAAUAACUAUUGAAAAUGAGAAUCUAGACAUUCUACAGCUUCUGUUGGAUUAUGGCUGUCAGUCUACAGAUGCAUUAUUGGUGGCCAUUGACUCAGAAGUUGUGGGAGCUGUUGAUAUAUUACUUAAUCAUCGACCAAAGCGAUCCAGUAGACCAACAAUUGUUAAAUUAAUGGAACGUAUUCAGAAUCCAGAAUACUCAACAACUAUGGAUGUGGCACCUGUCAUUUUAGCUGCUCACCGUAACAACUAUGAAAUUCUUACAAUGCUCUUAAAACAGGAUGUGUCGCUACCCAAACCUCAUGCUGUGGGGUGUGAAUGUACAUUGUGUACAGCCAAGAACAAAAAAGAUAGUCUACGACACUCCAGAUUUCGUCUUGAUAUUUAUCGAUGUUUGGCUAGUCCUGCCUUAAUAAUGUUGACAGAAGAGGAUCCAAUUCUGAGAGCCUUUGAACUUAGUGCAGACUUAAGAGAAUUAAGUCUUGUAGAAGUUGAAUUCAGAAAUGAUUAUGGAGAACUGGCCCAGCAAUGCAAAACUUUUGCUAAAGAUUUGCUUGCUCAGGCACGGAAUUCCCGGGAGCUUGAAGUUAUAUUGAAUCAUACUGCAAGUGAUGAACAUGUGGAUAAACGAGGAUUACUAGAAGAGAGAAUGAAUUUGAGUCGCCUAAAGCUUGCCAUUAAGUAUAACCAAAAGGAAUUUGUUUCUCAAUCUAAUUGCCAGCAGUUUCUCAAUACUGUCUGGUUUGGACAAAUGGCUGGUUAUCGCCGCAAGCAUACAUUUAAGAAGAUUUUGACAGUCUUGACAGUUGGCAUCUUUUGGCCUCUACUAUCUUUUUGCUAUUUACUGGCACCAAAAUCUCAAAUAGGCAGAAUAAUUCAUACUCCUUUUAUGAAAUUUAUCAUUCAUGGCGCUUCUUAUUUUACAUUUCUGUUAUUGCUUAAUCUGUAUUCACUUGUCUACAAUGAAGAUAAGAAAAACACAAUGGGACCAGCAUUGGAGAGAAUAGACUAUCUUCUAAUACUGUGGCUCAUUGGAAUGGUAUGGUCAGAUGUUAAAAGACUUUGGUAUGAUGGAUUGGAAGACUUUUUAGAAGAAUCACGAAAUCAACUUAGUUUUGUCAUGAAUUCUUUGUAUUUGGCAACUUUUGCUCUCAAAGUAGUUGCUCAUAAUAAGGUAAACAAUCAUUCUUAUGUUAACAUGAGUAUUAAGUUGUAUUUUUCAACAACUGAAGUCUUAAGACAUUCAUUCNNNUUUGCUAAUGUUCUCAGUUAUCUCCGACUGUUCUUCAUGUAUACAACAAGCUCCAUCCUGGGUCCACUUCAGAUUUCAAUGGGGCAGAUGUUGCAAGAUUUUGGGAAAUUUCUUGGUAUGUUUCUUUUGGUAUUGUUCUCAUUCACAAUUGGGUUGACUCAACUUUAUGAUAAAGGAUUUACUGUCAAUGAAGAGAAGGACUGCGCUGGGAUUUUUUGUGAGCAGCAAAGCAACGACACAUUCCACUCGUUUAUUGGCACCUGCUUUGCUCUGUUUUGGUAUAUAUUCUCCCUUGCACAUGUAGCUGUAUUUGUCACCAGAUUUAAUUAUGGUGAAGAAUUGCAGUCUUUUGUGGGUGCUGUUAUUGUUGGCACAUAUAACGUAGUAGUUGUGAUUGUUCUUACCAAACUUUUAGUGGCGAUGCUUCAUAAAAGUUUUCAGCUAAUAGCAAAUCAUGAGGAUAAGGAAUGGAAGUUUGCUCGUGCGAAGCUGUGGCUUAGCUAUUUCGAUGAUAAAUGCACACUACCUCCACCUUUCAAUAUUAUUCCUUCUCCCAAAACAAUCUGCUACAUAUUUAACAGUCUCAGUAAAUGGAUUUCUUCUCUCACAUCAUCGGGCAAAGUUAAGCGGCAGAACAGUUUAAAGGAGUGGAGAAAUUUGAAGCAAAAGAGAGAUGAAAAUUACCAAAAGGUGAUGUGUUGUUUAGUCCAUCGUUACUUGACUUCCAUGAGACAGAGAAUGCAAAGCACUGAUCAGGCAACAGUAGAAAACCUGAAUGAACUCAGACAAGAUUUAUCCAAAUUCCGAAAUGAAAUGAGAGACUUGCUUGGUUUUCGAACAUCAAAAUAUGCCAUAUUUUAUCAAAGAAACUAA